CAGUGAUCCGGAAGAAGCUUAUAUAGUAGCCUAGUGAGGCAGCAUUAUAACGCUAGUCUUUCGGACUUUCUUUUGAGGGUCACCCUUGUGACUGAACACACAGCCUUCCAGUCGAUCCACAUUUAUCGGCGGUGUCCCGUUAAGACAUGCGGUGCAUAGGCUACCUACUUACGUCGAAACGAAAGUCCAUGUUUUCGUAGGACGUUCUUUUCAUUCUGUGUGAAGCUGCAUGUAUAAGUGAAACAGCUGUUGACGCACAUCAAAAAUAAACAGAGGUUAACGUUAUUAACUCUUAAGAAGCCAUGGGGAACGGAAUGAAUAAGGUUAUCGAUGGCCUUUAUCUUGGAAAUAUUAGGGAUGAUCUUCUGGCAGUUUGUCAACUCUAAAUAGAUGAGAGAGGCCUUAUGACUUUUACAUCAGAUUCAGAGAAUGUAGACAGCCUUUCCAAGAACGGGAUUACACACAUUCUCUCAGUGUACAACAAUGCCAAGCCAGUCCUAAAGGAUAUGACAUACCUUUGUAUUCAUGCAGCUGAUGCCUCAAGUCAGAACCUGUCACAGCACUUCAAAGAGUGUAUCAGUUUCAUCCAUGAGUGUCGACUUAACGGAGGGGCUUGCCUUGUGCAUUGUCUGGCGGGGGUGUCCCGUAGUACCACCAUGGUUGUGGCCUAUCUGAUGACCGUCACCAACUACGGCUGGGAAGACUGCCUGUCAUCGGUCAAGGCUGUGCGUUCCUUCGUGGGCCCAAACUAUGGAUUCCAGCAGCAGCUUCAGGAGUUCCAGAUGAAACAAGUCUCAGAGUACCGCUCCUGGUUGCAGGCGAGUCACCAGCCCAGUCCCUUCAAGGAGCAGGAGCAGGUGGAGGCCCUGCUCACUCUGUAUGCCGAGCAGCAGCAGAAGGAACAAGCGCACAGGGGAGACCCGGCGUGGAUGAACCAGGCCUCCGGUGUCUACCCACUGCCCUACAACGCCUAUGGCUCAGACAGCAAGAGCUGAGGGGGUGGAGAUGGGGGCCCUCCGUUAGAUCAGGGUUGAGCCGCCCCCCCCCACACACACACACACACCACCCCAAUCCAACUAUUGAACAGAGCAACUGUGCAUCUGAUGAUAGUCACGCAGAGAUCAUUAGCCCCUCCCACAGAAGACCCACACACCACUACCAGAAUGUAACAUUAAUAUUUCCUAUAUAUGCUCCUCACUAAGUAAUGUGUGUUGUGUUUUGAGGCAAGAAUCACACCAAAUACCUCCUUAUGUCAGGAUGGGCAAAUUAGUUUGAUUAGUGUUUGGCUGCUAAAAUCAGGACUUAAAGAGUAAAUAACACUGACUGGAAAGUAAAGAAUUUGAUCACCGCUACACAACAGGGUUUUGCCUAAGUGCCAGAGAACAGAUAGAUGGUGUACAACUGAAGAGAGGAUCUUUAAAAGCCAUUUCUGGGGUUUACAUAUAGACUCCCACACUCUACUCAGCUGCCACACUACUUUUUAUCAGCAUCCAGUUCUUUUUUAUAAGAUAUCUUUUCAGAAAAAGUAAAAUUGUAUGGUACUUAUUCAGCUGUAUGAGAUACAUGUAUUUGUUUUGUUUUUCCAAUAAUGAUUUAUACAAUUUAAUUGAAUAUAUAUAUAUAUACUGUUAAAUUAAAUAAAACUAUUUAUACUCA